CAUUCUUUAUCUCAUACAGCACCUUAUAAAUACAGACCGAACGCACACUUUAGACACAAAUCAUUUUGAUUUCUGCAGCAGGAAAAGACUUUCUACUGCACUUUGCAACGAGGCAAAAUGAGCAGUGGCGGCAAUGACGAUAAGAAAGGGGGGCCAGGGGAACAUGGAUCCCAAGGACGUGAGCAUGACAAAGAGGAACAGGGAGAAGAAGGACAUGGAGGCUGUGGGGGGGGUGGAGGAAAUCAUGGUCCCCCUGGUGAGCACGGUAGUCCUGGUAGUAACCGUGGUCAGGGGCGUGGUGGUCAAGGUGGGCGUGGUGGUCAAGGUGGACGUGGUGGUCAAGGUGGCCGCGGUCGUGGCGGUCGCGAAUGAUGAAGAAACCCUCGAUUCACUGUUCUGAUUGUAAAGAAUUAAAUCCAUCUCUAAUAAACUAAUCCAGAAAAAAA